AUGGCGAUCCUGACUUUUCUUCUACGUAUCGUCUCUCUGGCAAUUACCGUCAUCGUCGGAUGGCUGGCUUACAACAUCCUCCUCCACCCACUUCGAAAAUAUCCGGGUCCACUCUUGUGGCGAGCAUCCCCUAUACCCCGCAUUCUGUCCAGAUGGAGGGGUACCACAGUAUUCGAUGCGCACCGCCUCCACGAACAAUACGGUCCAAUCGUGCGGUUGAGCCCCUGGGAAUUGAGCUACACAUCCAGUGAUGCAUGGAAGGAUAUCCACGGCACAGGCAACUCUGCACCUCGAAAGCCGCUGCCGAAGAAUCCUCUCGCUAACCCUCCGCCUAUGUCAGGUGAGCCGGGUAUCAUCGACGUUUUGGACGACGAAAAACAUCGCGAGCAACGCCAACUCUUCAACCAAGGCUUUUCCACCCGAGCAUUAAAGGAACAGGAGCCUUUGCUACGCAAGCAUGUCGAUAGACUAGUCGCGGCAGUGCGGUCGCGCGCUGACCAAGGCCUUGAGACAAACAUGGUGGACAUGUUCAAUUUCUUGGCUUUUGACGUUAUGGGAGACCUGGCGUUCGGUGCAUCUCUUGGUCUACUGGAACGGUCAGAGUACAACAGCUGGGUACGGGUGAUCGUUGCGACUAUCAAAGUCGUCACUAUCCGCAUUGUUGUAUUCUACCAUAUCCCAUUUGCAUCCAAGAUUUUGCCGCUGUUGGUCCCGAAGCCGAUGAAGGCCAAGCGGGAUGCUCACAUGAAGUUCGCCGAAGACCGAGUUAGAGAAAGACUGGAAAGGAAGACUGAUCGUCCGGAUCUCUGGGGCUUGAUCACUGGUGGGCCUGAUAAGAAGAAAGCACAACUGUGUUUGGAUCAAAUGGUCGGCAAUGCAGCCCUCUUCAUGGUGGUGGGCUCAGAAACCACGGCAACUGUGCUAUCAGGGACGCUAUACUUGCUGUUGAAGUCUCCCAGGUGUAUGCGCAGACUCAAGAAAGAGAUUCACGACAACUUCAUUUCAAAGGAAGAGAUGACCAUAGAGGCCCUGCCGAAGCUUACGUACAUGACCGCAGUCCUAGACGAGGCCAUGCGGGUCUACCCCGGUGCCCCAGAAACUUUGGCGAGAUUGGUUCCAGUAGGAGGAAUGCAGAUCUGCGGCGAGCAUGUCCACCAGGGCGCUACAGUAUUCAUCCUCCAUUACCCAACGUUUCACUCUUCACGAAACUUCGUCCGACCAGAUGACUUCGCUCCGGAGAGGUGGCUACCCGAAGGUGCCGUUGAAUUCGAGAAAGAUGAUAAGAAGGCCUUCAAUCCUUUCUCGGUCGGCCCACGCGCUUGCCUUGGAAGAAAUUUGGCACACUAUGAGUUGAGGCUGACUCUGAGCCAUUUGCUCUGGGACUUUGAUUUCGAGCUUGACGAAAAAUGCGAUGACUGGUUGACCCAAGAGACAUACUCUUUCUGGCUGAAACCCCCACUCAUGGUCAGAGCUCGAGCUGCAAAUCGGAAACCGUAA